UUUCUUUUUAAUCUUCGUUGUGGGCCUUCGUCCGUCCCGUCGAUUUGUGAUGUGGUACCUUCGGGGGCGUCCCCCACCCCGGGAGAGCCGAGACGACCAAUUGAUUGCUUCUGUAUGCUUGUCAAUAAAUAAGAGGAUGACGUCGGAGGCGGCCUGAAGCUCCCGCAUUCCACUCACUUCUGCGUGACUCAGCCUUGAGCCAGCAAGAACGCUCUUCCUCUUCUUCUUCUUCAUCUUCUUCUUCUCUAUUUAUACUCCUCUUCCUCCUCCUCUCUUCUUCUUCUUCAUAUCGCUUUCUUUCUUCAUCCGGAGCUCUUCAUCUUUUGUGGCAAGCUAAGGAGCGAGGCAGUGAAGAUAUAGGAAGGAAAAGAAAGAGCUCGCUGUCCAGUCUCUGGUGCUUGUUUUCUCUGUUAGUUUUCUGUGAGAAUUUGUUGUCACAUUUCGCAAAAACGAGCGUCGGAGUUAGAGAUUGGGUUGAGGUGCGGAUUUCUUCGCCCCGGCUGUGUAUCUUUGCCUAACAGUUAGUGGAGGGCAACUCCGCUGCUCAGAACUGCCAUUCCCACUUGAAGAUUUGGCUAUUUAUAACAAUUACCUUUUUCAACACAUCGACAAAACAUUUAUUGGGGUAAAACAUGAAGAAGUUGAGUUCCGAGCAGAGGCUUUACAUUGAGAGCGAGGAUGAUGAAAGUGCAGCUGACAAGGAUCAAAGAAGAGAGGAAGAUGAAUCGGAUUCUUCAGAUUCUUCUCCACCUGACAGCCCUCAGCGUACACGGCCGAAUUCGUAUACCACAUCAUGGCCACAAAGUUACAGGCAAUCCAUUGAUAUGUACACUACUGUAGCUUCCCCAAAUAUCGGGUUUCUGGGCACUCCAAAUUUGUCCCGCUUGAGCAGCUCUUAUUUAACAAGUUCACUUCAAAGAAUGCAUACUCCUGAGAUACUUGUUUCGCUGGUUAAGCCAUUACUACCAACAAGGUCUGAACAGCAGCAAGAGCAGGAUUCUCAUGCUUCCAUACCUGCAGAAUCUACAUGGCUUUCAUCAAAGAAGGCAAUACAUGAAAAAGAUGAAGCAUGGACAUCACAUGAGAUGCCAGUUGGUCGUGAUUGCUCUUAUGGACAGUCAGUGAUCAAUGGGAUAAAUGUUCUCUGUGGAGUAGGAAUACUUUCUACCCCAUAUGCAGUUAAGGAAGCAGGGUGGCUUGGACUCCUAGUGUUGCUUACCUUUGGCAUUCUUUCUUAUUAUACGGGGAUCCUUCUCCGCCACUGCUUGGACAGUGAACCUGGGCUCGAAACUUACCCUGAUAUUGGACAGGCUGCAUUUGGCACCUUUGGUCGUCUUGCUAUAUCCAUAAUUUUAUACACGGAAUUGUACGCUUGUUGUGUUGAAUAUAUAAUUCUUGAGAGUGAUAACUUGACUUCACUCUUUCCCAAUGCACAUCUAAGUCUAGGUGGCUUUGAACUUGAUCCCCACCACCUGUUCGCUAUCAUGACCUGCCUUGCUGUCCUUCCCACUGUUUGGCUUCGCGAUCUAAGCUUACUGAGCUACAUCUCAGCUGGAGGAGUUAUUGCAUCAAUACUGGUUGCACUUUGUUUAUUUUGGGUUGGUUUGGUCGAUCAAGCUGGUUUCAAACAUAAAGGGACUGCUCUCUCCCUGACCAACUUCCCUGUUGCAAUUGGACUUUUUGGAUACUGCUAUUCGGGGCAUGCUGUCUUCCCAAAUAUUUAUUCUUCAAUGAAGAAACCCAGCCAGUACCCAACGGUUCUUCUGACAAGCUUUGUAAUUUGUACAAUUUUAUAUGCUGGAGUUGCUUUCAUGGGUUACACCAUGUCUGGAGAUGCAACAGCCUCACAGUUCACACUGAACAUGCCCCAAAAUUUUGUUGCCUCAAAGAUUGCAGUUUGGACAACGGUGGUGAACCCAUUUACAAAAUUUGCAUUGACAUUGUCUCCAGUGGCUCUAAGUUUAGAAGAGUUGAUACCCUCAACCCACCUCAAGUCUCACAUCUAUGCAAUCGUCAUCAGAACAGUGCUUGUCAUCUCCACCUUGGUUGUGGCUUUGAGUGUUCCAUUUUUUGGUCUUGUGAUGGCACUGAUUGGGUCCCUCCUAACAAUGCUUGUUACCUUGAUUCUUCCUUGUGCUUGCUUCCUCAGCAUCCUUCGGGGAAAGAUCACAUUUGUACAGGGUUCUUUAUGCUCCUUCAUUAUCACAGUAGGGAUUGCUUCCUCUAUUUCAGGCACAUAUUCUGCUGUAUCUAAAAUUAUUGAAAGCCUAGGUUGAUCUCUCUCUUUCUCUCUCGUGCACAUGAAGGGGCACAUCUGUAAUAUGUUGGCACUGUCAAGUUAAGUUUUUGUAUGUUCUAGCGGAUAAGAAUGAACCAUCCUAUGGGCCUAAAUUUUGUCUCGAUGAGUGGAGAUAUAGAUGUUCUCAUUUUUUGUUGUA